UUGCAAGUAAUUGAAGAAGAAGAAGCAGACGCAUCCUAAAAAAUAAACAAACGGAGAAUUUUGUAAACAUUUCUUUGAUACAAAAAAUAGCAUUAAUAAUAUAUAGAAAUUAUGGGGGCCAUUUUUGAAAAUGGCUUGAGGUUGGGCAGAUAUAACAGUGACGAUCUCUUUAGUGCGCUGCUACGUUAUGGAUUAUUUCUAGGCGCAAUAUUUCAGCUCAUCUGUAUUGCUGCAUCGAUUUUGCUUCCUGCUGCUAGUGAAGGAUCGAAUGGCGAAGAUGGAAACGAGGAUUAUAAAUUCAACGGCGAAAUGGGAAAUAUGCGGCGAUUGCACAAGUUACGCAAACAGGAUAAAAAGAAGCGACGUUGAUUUUACCAUCGUGUACAAAUAUUUCUAACUUAGAACAUUACCUUAGUAUAUGAAUAUAUGAGUACACAAUGUAAUUAAAAUAGUAAGAUUUAUUUGCCGAUAGAGUGUCAUGCAAUA